UGCCCUCCUCCCGUCCGAAACCCUAGCCCUACCAGCGCCGUCUUCCUCUUCCCGGAGCUACCCGAACCCGAGCGGAGCUGAGCCAGCGAACCAUGGCGGCUGCGACGGUGUACGGAGCCGGUGGGGCGAUGAAGGGUGGGAAGCUUGGGAUGGAGGACGCCCGGGAGCUGCAGCUCAACCGCAUCCGCAUCACCCUCUCCUCCAAGAACGUCAAGAACCUCGAGAAGGUGUGCACCGAUCUGGUGAAGGGCGCCAAGAGCAAGGAGCUGCGGGUGAAGGGCCCCGUCAGGAUCCCCACCAAGGUGCUCCACAUCACCACCCGCAAGUCGCCCUGCGGAGAAGGAACGAACACAUGGGAUCGGUUCGAGUUCCGUAUCCACAAGCGGGUGAUUGACCUCAUCAGCUCCCCUGAUGUGGUGAAGCAGAUCACCUCCAUCACCAUCGAGCCUGGUGUUGAGGUCGAGGUGACGAUCGCUGAUGUGUAAUGCCAAAGUUAGCAAAACCAUAGGCUGCUUCUGUUUUUGUUUUUUGUUUUUUUUUGUUGCUAGAAUGUGGUUUCCUGCUGCCAUGCUUGUAUCAGACAUCCAAAGCGGUGUAAUUUCUUGACCUUAUCUAUACUCAGAUGUUAUGAAUGUUUGACGCAAGGAGUGUGCCACUACCCAUUUUUGCUAAAACCUUUGUACUUGGUCUAUUUUACUGAAGUGUUUAUUGAAUGCUUGAUGUAAUUUUGUUGAGUAAAUGUUAAUGGAAAGGCGGGUGCUUGACUGCCAGUGUUUUA